AUGCCAAUCUUUCCAUUUUUAGUAACCCUGAUAUCUUGCCUAUUCCUUCUCAUCUCUCCAGGGGUGUUUGGCUACUCCAUAUCUGAGAUUAGAUCAUGGUGCAGUCAAACACCUCAUCCGGAGUCUUGUGAGAGCGUCUUGGCCGGUAAGCCGAACUACGGUCCGCUGAGCCAAAAACCGGACUUCAUCAAGGCGUUAGUGAAGGUUACCCUUGAACGAGCUGCAGACGCCGAGUCGAACACUCGUGGGCUCGGUGCGAAAUGCCGGAACAACCUCGAAAAGGCCGCAUGGAAAGACUGUUUGGAGCUUUACGAAAACACGGUGUGGAGGAUCAACAUGACGGUCGAUCCGAACCGGAAGUGUAGCCAGAACGAGAUGCAAACGUGGCUCAGCACAGCCCUCACUAAUCUCGAGACGUGUCGGGCUGGGUUCGAGGAGCUCGGCGUUGGCGGCUACUUGUUGCCGCUAAUGAAGAAUAAUGUGUCGGCUUUGAUCAGCAACACGUUGGCGAUGAACAAAGGCGGAUCUCCGCCGGAGACUUACCCGAAUGGGUUCCCUAGUUGGGUGAAACCCGGUGAUCGGAAGCUCUUACAGUCUUCGAAUCCGGGUUCUCAGGCGAACUCCGUGGUGGCUCAAGACGGUUCUGGGAACUAUAAGACGAUCGGAGCCGCGGUGGCGGCCGCGAAAUCGGGCGGUGGGAGGUAUGUGAUAUAUGUGAAGGCUGGGACUUAUAAUGAAUAUGUGCAGAUUGGAUCUGGAUUGAAGAACUUAAUGAUAAUUGGAGAUGGUAUUGGGAAAACUAUCAUAACUGGUAGUAAGAGUGUUGGUGGUGGUUCUACCUCUUUCAAUUCAGCCACUUUUGCUGUGGAUGGAGAUGGAUUUAUUGGUCGUGGCAUCACGAUUAGAAACACGGCCGGGCCACAAAACCAACAAGCGGUGGCGUUGCGUAGUGGCUCUGAUCUUUCGGUGUUCUACCAAUGUAGCUUCGAAGGCUACCAAGAUACGCUCUAUGCUCUCUCGAACCGACAGUUCUAUAGACAAUGUGACAUUUAUGGCACCGUUGAUUUCAUCUUUGGCAACGCGGCCGUGGUCCUUCAGAGCUGCAACAUUUAUGCCCGUGACCCUCCUAACAAGACCAACACGUUGACCGCACAAGGGCGGACCGAUCCGAACCAGAACACGGGAAUAUCGAUCCAUAAUUGUCGUGUCACGGGUGUCUCGAGCUUAAGUGGGGUUAAAACGUUUCUCGGGAGACCAUGGAAGCAGUAUUCAAGGACCGUUUAUCUCAAAACGUAUCUUGACGGUAUCGUGAACCCGGCGGGUUGGAUGCCGUGGAGCGGAAAUUUCGCGCUCGAUACUUUGUAUUAUGGCGAGUACAUGAAUACAGGCCCGGGUUCAUCAACCGCGAAUCGGGUUAAUUGGAAAGGGUACCGUGUGAUCACUAGUGCGGCGGAGGCCGGAAAGUUCACCGUCGGGAGCUUCAUCGCCGGCGGAUCUUGGUUGCCGGCGACCGGUGUGGCCUACACUUCUGGCCUUUAAUUAAUUCCCUCAUACAAUAUAUCAUCAAAUGUUAAUGUAUUUUGUAAUUGAUUAUUAAUUAUUACAUGUUUAAAGCUCAAGAAUAAAUAGUUGAUUAUACACAUAAUUAUUGAUGCUUAUAAAUGAUUUAAAAGAAAAUAUAGCCUU